AUGUCCCACUCGUACUACCGGUCUAGCACGACCGUGCCCAGCAGCUCUACGGUCACCGAGAAGAGGACCGUGAUCACAUCGUCCAGCGACAACUACAACAAUGUCAGUCCAGGGUUUGUGGACGAUGAUACCUCCACUUACUACAGAUCCAGCAUAAGCCCACGUACCACCACCAUCAACCGGACCACGCUGCCGAACUCGCCGUUGCGAAGCAUGCGGACAGUGGAGAUCACGUCCGGAUUUAGCUCCGGUCAUUUCCCUGUUAGCGCCGGCAGCGUGGCCGCUAUAGGAGGCGUCAACAACAUCAAGAGCAGCCGCGAGAAGGAGAAGAAGGACUUGCAGGAUCUCAACGAGCGUUUUGCCAACUACAUCGAGAAGGUGCGUUUUCUUGAGGCCCAGAACAGGAAGCUGGCCUCGGAGCUCGAGCAGCUGAGAUCGCACUGGGGGAAGGAGACCAAUGCGGUCAAGUUGAUGUAUGAGACGGAGCUGGCCGAGGCCAAAUCACGUCUGCAGCUUCGGGUGGGGCAACUGGAGGACCAGCUCAACGAUGUCAUGAAGCAACUCGACGAGGCCAAGAAAUGGAGGUCGCAGGACAGAGAGACCAUCAACAAGCUCAACCAGCAGGUGUCGGAGCUGGAGGGAGAGAUCCGUAUGUUGAGAAGAACCAACGACUCCCUGGACACUGAGAGACAGAGGGACAAGGCCACCAUCAGCCGGCUGCACGAUGAGCUGGAGAAGAUGCGAAUUGACCUCAGCAACGAGACCAUUUCCCGCCUGGACGCCGAGAACAAGUACCAGACCCUGCUGGAGGAGAUGGAGUUCUUGAAGAGCGUCCACGAGCAGGAAUUGAAGGAACUGUCAGCCCUGGCCUACAGAGACACAACGGCUGAGAACCGAGAGUUCUGGAAGAACGAGUUGUCCCAGGCCAUCAGGGACAUCCAGCAGGAGUACGACAACAAGGCUGACCAGAUCCGCGGAGAGAUGGAGACUUUCUACAACCUCAAGGUGCAAGAGUUCCGAACUGGGGCCACCAAACAGAACAUGGAGGUGACCACCAUUCGCGAGGAGACCAAGAAGCUGCACAAACAGUUGGGAGACUACCGCACCCGCCUGUCAGACUUGGAGGCUAGGAAUGCCCAGCUGGAGAAGCAGAACCAGGAUCUGCUGAGAGAGCUGGAACAGAAGGAGCAUGAGCAUGACAGUGAGAUCAGCUCGCUGAGAGAGGAGAUGAACAAACUGCGUAUGGAGAUGGAGGGGAUGUUGGUGGAGAUGCAGGUGCUCAUGGACGCCAAGCUGUCAAUGGAGCUGGAGAUUGCGGCCUACAGGACGUUGCUGGAAGGCGAGGAAACCAGGGUCGGCCUGAGGUCGGUGGUGGAGCAGACGUUGGGAGUCCGACAGAGCGGAAGUGCCCGACUCUCCGAGAUGAUCAACACCUCAGAGGGUCAUAGUUACGAGUCGUCUGGUUCGUACCACAGCGAAAUCAUCACCAGCAAAAAAUAA